AUGGCCACGGCCACAAGUGAGCGCCUGAUGCGCAUUCAUCAGCUAGAUCAUAUCUAUCGCGAAGGGUUGCACCACGCCGAGCUGAUCAACCGUAACGAAUCAGAACGGAGAUUCUCACUGAAAGUGCUCGCUCUGCGUGAUGCGAACGCUGCCCUGGAGCAUCUAGUAUCCGAAAAGGAGCUUCAUAUAUUAUAUCUUGAGAAGACUUUACAGAAAAUGAAGUUGGAUUUAUCAGAGACCAAGCAGCGAUCCUCUCAACUAGAAUCCGGGCUACACAAUCAGCGAAGUGAAAUUCGAUUUCUCAAGGCCAACAUAGAGAAUAUGAACAGUUCUGUGAAGAUGUCCGCCGGCGCACUGCAUGACAACGUGACUCUGACUCGUGAACUGGACAGCCUUCGCCAGGAAUUGGAGCAGCUCAAGCUGCAGCUCGCCUCGCACGAAGCUACAGUUGCCUCGAAUGGAGAGCUGCGGCGUCGAAUCAACUCAUUGGAGGUCGAUUUAGAGAACGAAAUGCGCUCUAAACUCCGUGCUCAACAAAUGGACGACAAAGGUGUCAUCUCAGAUCUCCGCUCUAAGUUGCAGAAGUGCGAAAAUAAGCUCAAUACAGAAAAGGAAGAAAAUGAAAACCUGAAGCAAGAGCUUACGGACUCUCGCAGAGAAACAGAGCAUCAACAGGAGCAUUUGACCAUUAUGAGAUUGAAACACAAAGAAUUGCAAAGCACAUUGAAAGAUGCGCAAGCGGAUCUGCAACAGAGUCAGUGCGAGUUGUCCAAGGCCCGAGAAACAUCUACCGAUCUUACCAAAGAGCCUCACACAAAAGCACCAAAGGUCAGGCUCCCACGAGUCAUAAUGGAGCCCCCAAUCUCCACGGUCGAGACGUGCUUGGAUGACAUGGACAUUCAGACGCCUGGAAAUGAGAGCAUAUCGGACCUCAGGCAGCACCGACGAAGGGCACCAGAGCACGCCCGGCUCGGCGAAAAAUCAAAGUUCUCGAUAACUCCAUUCCUCAACAAGACCAAAGACGCCACAGAGUACCCGGGUCUUGAUUCGGACAAAUCGGCUUCUGAUGUCGACUCGGAGGCCAGCUCGGAGACCCAUGACAAGCUCUCGGAAACCAUCGACGUCUUCAAGGCAAAAUACUGCUAA